AAACCAAUAUAGUCGGUUUCUUUUUCUUUUAAUUUAUUGUGCCAACGACAAAAACUAAAAAGGAAAAACAGGGAAAAGGAAAAGAGAAAAAAAGAAAAAAGAAAAAAGAAAAAAGAAGAAAAAACAGAAGAGAAACCUUGAAAAUUAGCAAAUAAAAGUCAAACUUCCAAAAUUAGGGAUAUAAUCGUGUCUAAAAUUAAUACUUCAUGAACCCUAUAAAUAACACGAAACCCAAUUCUCCAACACAGAAUAAUUAUUUUUAUUUUUAUUUUCUUAAGAAGCCAACGCACAAAUUAUUAGCUUUAGCAACAAUGGCAAAACCAAAAGAUCUUUUUGCCUAUGUUUGUGUGUUUGUCUUCUUGACCCUUUCUUUAUCUUCUUCUUCUUCUUUUGCUGCAACAACAGAUGAUGCAUCAGUUUAUUCAUCUUUCCUUGAAUGCUUACAGAACAACACGACCCCACAAGACCAAAUCUCCAGCCUUGUCUACACCAAGACAAAUGCAUCCUACACUUCGGUUCUUCGAGCCUACAUUAGAAAUGCUCGGAUGAACACCACAGCAACCCCAAAACCGACAAUCAUUGUGACCCCAAAACAGAUAUCCCAUGUCCAAGCAGCGGUUAUCUGCGCAAAGAAAGUGGGUUACCAGCUUAAAGUCCGAAGCGGUGGCCACGACUAUGAAGGGAUUUCUUAUGUUUCAGAUGUUCCAUUCUUCGUUCUUGAUAUGUUUAAUCUUCGAUCCGUCCAGGUUGACAUGAAGAAUGAGUCUGCUUGGAUUCAGGCUGGUGCUACACUCGGUGAGGUGUAUCAUGGAAUUUGGGAGAACAGCAAAGUUCAUGGUUUCCCUGCUGGUGUUUGCCCUACAGUUGGUGUUGGUGGUCAUUUUAGUGGUGGUGGAUAUGGUAACAUGUUGAGGAAAUACGGCUUGGCUGUUGAUAAUGUUCUUGAUGCCCAAAUUGUUGAUGUUAAUGGAAAGCUUAUGGAUAGAAAAGCAAUGGGUGAAGAUCUAUUUUGGGCUAUUAGAGGUGGUGGUGGUGGAAGUUUUGGUGUUGUUAUAUCAUACAAGAUUAAGCUUGUUCCUGUUCCCGAAACAGUUACUGUAUUUAGGGCAGAAAGACUUAUUGAAGAGAAUGCUACUGAUAUUGCUUAUAAGUGGCAAUUGGUUGCUCCGAAAACAGAUAAUGGUCUUUUUAUGAGGCUGUUGAUUCAACCUGUGACAAGGAAUAAGCAGCAGACACUUAGGGUAACUAUUAUGAGUUUGUAUUUGGGGAAAGCUGAUAGUCUUGUGGCUUUAUUGGGGAAAGAAUUUCCUGAAUUGGGGUUGAAGAAGGAGAAUUGCACAGAGAUGAACUGGAUUCAGUCUGUACUUUGGUGGGCAAAUUUUGAUAAUGGAACAUCACCUGAUGUUUUGCUUGAUAGACAUGUCGACUCUGCCAAUUUCUUGAAGAGGAAAUCAGAUUAUGUGCAGAAACCUAUUCCCAGAAAUGCAUUGACUUUGAUUUUCAAGAGGAUGGUGGAAUUGGGAAAAAUUGGAUUAGUUUUCAAUCCUUAUGGUGGAAGAAUGGAUGAGAUUCCUUCCACAGAAGUUCCUUUUCCUCACAGGGCUGGGAAUUUGUUCAAGAUGCAGUACUCAAUCAACUGGAACGAACCAGGAAGUGAUCUACAGAGCAACUACUUGUCUCAGGCGAGGAACCUGUACAGCUACAUGACCCCAUUUGUGUCCAAGAACCCAAGAAGCGCAUUCUUGAACUACAGGGAUCUCGACAUUGGUGUCAUGACACCUAGUAAAAACAGCUAUGAAGAAGGUAGCAUUUAUGGGCACAAGUACUUCAAUGGAAACUUUGACAGAUUGGUGAAAGUGAAGACUGCUGUUGAUCCCGAGAAUUUCUUCAGGAAUGAGCAGAGCAUCCCUACUCUUUCAAAGAGGCAAACUUUAUUAGCUCCCUGCCUCAAGUGCCCCUUUCCUUUGGUCAUCUUGGAGGAGAAAACUCAGGGGUGAUUAUAUAUUCAAAGUCAGCAGCAGUAGCAUCCACUGUGAAGCUAAUAGGAAUGCUGAUAUAUGUACUAAGCUUUUCUUGAAGGAUAUCAAGAGGUAAUGUGCUCAUGUAUAAACUAGGGAUAAACCUUUUGGUGGAAAUGAAAUAAGAAAUAUAAUCAAUAAAGUUUUAGUGUUAUUCAUUUUAA